AUGAAGCCCGUCCUCAUCACCAUCCUCGCCGCCUUCGUCGCUGGCGUCGUCGCUGUCCCCGUCCCCGUCCUCCUCCCGCCCACCACAGACUUAGACGUCCGCCAGAUCUGGGGCGGAAACCCGCCUUACUGGAAGCGCGAGGCCGGGCUCCUUCCUACUGAGAUGGCACCGCUCCUGUAUCGUGGACACGAGGAUGUGGCUGACGACCCAGGCGACGAGAAGCACCAGGACGGCUACUGGCGUGACGCGAGCACGGCUGAGUUCAAAGACACCCGUAUCUACUGGAAGCGCGACUGGCCUACCGGCGGCUGGUGGUUCCCCGGCCCCGUCUUCUGGAAGCACACGGCCGACGCCUCGGCCACCCCCGAUGCUCAGACUGGUAUCUGGGGUGGCGCUCCUCCUCACUGGAAGCGCAACCCUGAUGCCGAGGCCGGCCCUACCUCCACUUCCAAUCUCGACGCCCGGCAGUGUGGUGGUAUCUGGGGUGGUUCCCCUGCCUAUUGGAAGCGUGAGCCGGGGGCCCUCAUCACCGCCACCAGUUCAUAA